CUUGGGCUGGGGCGGGCCUUCCAGGGUGUCCAUUGAGUAACAAAGGACCGAGGGCUUGUACUUCUCUGGUCCACUCGCGGUGCCCACUUCACCAGCAAGUCUCGGAAGAACUUUAGACGGCGUCUUAAUUAAAGGUGCUUGCUGCUGUCUGCUACAUCCCAGAAUAUGCACCCACUCAUCGCAAGUACCUCUCUCCCCUCUGGGCAGCAGGAGCCCCUCUGAAAAUGGAGAGAUAAGACCCACCUCCAGGCCCUCACGACACAAGGCUGUGCUCUGACACCCACAUCGUCCUAAUGGAUCGCAGCAGAGAGGCCGAGAUGGAGCUGAGGAGAGGACCCAGCCCACCCAGGGCUAGCAGGAACCAUGAGGUGGAUGUAGACAAGGCUGCAUGCCACAGCUGCUGCAUCUGUGGCAAGAGCUUUCCGUUCCAGAGCUCGCUGUCACAGCACAUGCGCAAGCACACGGGAGAGAAGCCCUACAAGUGUCCCUACUGUGAUCAUAGGGCUUCCCAGAAGGGCAACCUCAAGAUUCACAUCCGCAGCCACCGUACAGGGACUUUGAUUCAGGGGCACGAGCCAGAGGCAGGCGAGGCUCAGCUGGGUGAGAUGCGUGUCUCUGAGGGCCUGGAUGGGUGUGCCAGUCCUACCAAGAGCACCUCAGCCUGCAACCGCAUGCUGAACGGGGCUGUGCCGAUGGACAACAGCAAGAUCCUGCUCAGGAGCAGCCGUAAGGAGGCGGAGGGGGCGGCCGGUGCCCAGGAAGAUGCGGAGGCCAUGGUGCAGUGUUCCUUCUGUAAGAGCCGGUUUGAACGGAAGAAAGACAUGGAGCUGCACGUGCACCAGGCCCACAAGCCGUUCAAGUGCAGGCUGUGCAACUUUGUCACCUUACGGGAGGAGUCUCUGCUGAGCCACAUCGAGAGGGACCAUAUCACCGCACAGGUGCCCAACGGCGGUAGCGAGGCCUGUGUGGAGAAUGGCAAGCCCGAGCUGAGCCCCGGGGAGUUUCCAUGCGAGGUGUGUGGCCAGGCCUUCAGCCAGACCUGGUUCCUGAAGGCGCACAUGAAGAAGCACCGGGGCUCCUUCGACCACGGCUGCCACAUCUGUGGCCGGAGAUUCAAAGAGCCUUGGUUCCUCAAGAACCACAUGAAGGCCCACGGACCCAAGGCAGGGAGCAAGAACAGGCCCAAGAGUGACCUGGACCCCAUUGCCACCAUUAACAAUGUGGUGCAGGAGGAGGUCAUUGUCGCGGGCCUGUCCCUCUAUGAGGUCUGCACAAAGUGCGGGAACCUGUUUACAAACCUGGACAGCUUGAAUGCCCAUAACGCCAUACACCGCAGAGUCGAAGCCAGCCGGACACGAGCCCCGGCUGAGGAGGGGGACACGGAGGGCCCCCUGGACACCAAGCAGUUCUUCUUACAGUGCCUGAACCUGACACCAUUCGUGGCUGGUGACGUGUCCCCCAGCGGGCAGGCUGGACGGCGGGUGGCUGAGUUGGACCCCGUCAACAGUUAUCAGGCCUGGCAACUAGCCACCAGGGGCAAGGUGGCCGAGCCGGCCGAGUACCUCAAAUAUGGGACCUGGGAUGAGGCGCCGGCAGGGGAUGUCGCCUUUGACAAGGACAAGCGUGAAUAUAUACUGGUGAGCCAGGAGAAACGCAAGCGUGAACAGGACACCCCUACUACCCAGGGCCCCCCCAGGAAGAGGGCCAGUGUACCUGGGGACCCCAUGCUUUCUGGCCACCUUGACCCCCGGCCGGCCUCACGUCCCAACCGCAGGGCUGCGGCAACUACUGGCCAGGGCAAGUCCUCCGAGUGCUUCGAGUGCGGCAAGAUCUUCCGCACCUACCACCAGAUGGUGCUCCAUUCCCGUGUGCACCGCCGCGCACGCCGGGACAGGGAUCCUGAAGGGGACAGGGCAGUGCGCGCCCGCUGUGGCUCACUCAGCGAGGGGGAUUCAGCUUCCCAGCCAAGCAGCCCUGGUUCAGCCUGUGCCAUCGCUGACUCCCCAGGCUCUGGGCUGGCCGAGGAGGCGGUGGACGACAGUGGUGAAGAGGCCGUGCCUGAACCCGCACCAGGGGGCCAGCCACGGCACUGCUGUUCUUCUGGAGAGGUGGUACCCACCGUGCUCUCCAACGGAGACCAGAGUCACAAACUCGGAAAUAAUCUGCCAGAGAAAGACAUCAGCGAGCCCAAGGUGGGGAUUGCCACGCCAUCCGUGUCCAUACUUGAAAGCAGCAGCAGAGAGACUGCCAAGGGUCCCGAGCAGCAUAGAUUUUCUCUUGACUUAAAGAUGCCAGCAUUUCACCCCAAGCAGGAGGUACCCAGCACUAUUGACCGGGUAGACUUCCCUUCGAGCAUGGAAAUAUCCAGCCUGCAGCUCGCCUUGGACAGCCAGGCCGGGCAUUCAAAAGAAAAGCUGUCCGAUUUGCACAAGGAGCACUGUGGGGCAGGAAAGCGGGCGCCCGCCCCUGACUUGGUUCCGCUGGACUUGAGUAUGAAGUCGAGCCGGGAUGACCCCAGCAGUAAGGACGCAUGCUCCCUGCAGGCGGCCCUGGUCAUUCACCCGUGUCCUUACUGUAACCACAAGACCUACUACCCUGAGGUUCUGUGGAUGCACAAGCGCAUCUGGCACAGGGUCAGCUGCAGCUCUGUGGCGCCCCCUUGGACUCAGCCUAAUGGCCACAAGAGCAUUCGCAGCAGCCUGGUUUUCCUUGCUCGCAGUGGGCGCACAGGUCCUCCGCCUGCUCUUGGGGGCAAGGAGUGCCAGCCACUGCUCCUUGCUCGCUUUACCCGCACCCAGGUGCCAGGUGGGGUACCAGGAUCAAAGAGCAGCUCUUCUCCCCUUGGGGUGACCACAAAAGCCGCUAGCAUGCCUAAGAAUAAGGAGAGCCAUUCUGGGGGCCCCUGUGCUCUGUGGGCCUCCAGCCCCGAUGGAUAUCGACAGACCAGAGCUGGCCAUAGCCAGGAGCCUCCCAGCGCUGGUGUGCAGGGACCCCUGACCAAACCCAAACAGGAGACCAGCUCCAAGUUGGCACCUUCCCCAGGCAGUGGGGGCCUCAGCAGAAGUGCCACCCCCACACCCUCGGUUAUAACCCGUGUAGGUGCCCAGUCCUCAGCCAAUAGCAAGCCAGUGGAGAAACUCGGGGUCCCUGCAGUGGGGGCUGGCUUUGCCCCUCCGAAUAAGCACAGUACCCCAGACUCUUUGAAAGCCAAAUUCAGUCCUCAGCCUCAGGGUCAGCCUCCCACGAAAGGCGAAGGAGGCUCUCCUCUACCUCCCCGAGAACCCCCUGUGAAGGCGGCCCAGGAGCUGAGAACGCUAGCCACCUGUGCAGCGGGGUCCAGAGGGGACGCAGCCUUGCAGGCCCCACCUGGUGCGCCCCCCAUCUUACACUCCAUCAAGCAAGAGCCGGCAGCUGAGGGGCAGGAGAAACGCUUGGACAUCCUCAGUAUCUUUAAGACGUACAUUCCAAAGGACUUCGCCACACUCUACCAGGGCUGGGGUGUCAGCAGCCCCGGGCCUGAGCACAGAGGGGCACAGCGAACACAGGCCCGCCAGGGAGACUUUGUCUGUGUGGAGUGCGGCAAGACUUUCCACCAGCCCAGCCAACUCAGGGCCCACCUUCGGGCACACACAGUGGUGUUUGAGUGUGAUGGUCCACGAGGUUCUGAAGUUCACACAGCCUCCACGGAUGCCCCCAAACAAGGGAGAGACCAUACCAGCCCAGGGACUGUGCCAGCCGGGCCCCUCCGAAAGGGGACCUAGAGACACGCCGCCAGCGCUCGGCCCCGUGAUGGUGUUGACCGCAACCUCACGGGCGAUUGGAAGGCUCCCAGCAGUGACCAUGGCCACCUUGGAGAAGAGGAGCCAGGGUCUCCUGACCAGAUAACCUUCGACCUGGGAGCUGCUAUGCUAGAGCAGACCAAGGGAGAUGCCUCCCUUUGGUCACAAUUAGGGACAGCGAAGAUGCUAUGCCUAGAAUUCCGUGUAGCUCUUUCACACACAUGUAUGUGCUCAUAACCAUGGCCUGUGUUUCCUCAUGGUAAGCGGUGGUACUGGCAGGCACUGUGGGAGCUCAAGGCAUCGGUAUUACUUAAAGACAAGCAUGAGACACUGGAAAAAAGAUACUGGUGUGUUUUGGAUGGAGGGACAAGCUAAGCCCGGUAGGAGGGUGCUCCAAUGCUUGAAAGGACAGGUGACGCGGUCAGGACUUGGGGGCGCAGAGGCCUCUCCCUGCCUCAGUGGGUAUUCAAUAGCAGGUCAGACGGAGGGUGGUGGUCAGGAGCUGUAGGGCUUGCUGGUGCUCACGCUUGGGAAGGCAGGGCGAUGACAGACUGAGCCUCACAGUCCAGAGGUCUGGCCAUGACCCCCCCUGAGCCGCUCACAGCCCCCUCCUGCUCUGUGUUUUCACCACGUGGGCCGUGCCUGGCACAGGAAACAUGGCAGAGGUGGGAACACAUCUAAACCUACUUUGGAAAAGAGAGUUAGUUGAACACUAAGAGCAGGCGUCUUUGUUUAUUCUCAGGACCUUUUUGUAACAGGGCUCCAUUCUGCAAACUGCUCACAGGAGAAGACUAUACGUCUUACCAGAUGAAGCCACUGACUCCUCCCAGUUUGGGCCUGUUUUAGUGAUGGCAGAAGAAUCCUUGAGCAGAAUGGGGGCCCUAAAUCAUUAGGGUGCUAAUGCUCUGGAACCUUCUGCUCCCCUCCCCAUCCUAACCUCUUCCCUACACCACCCCAGCAUAUAGAUGUCUUUCCCCCUUGGGCCUGGUGACCACCAUCGGACUAGUGACAUUGUUCACAGUUGGUGGGAGGGCACCAGGCCUGAGGGUGAGGGCGGCUUUAUAUACCUCUUCCUUAGUCACGCAAGUUCACGCUUCUGCGGUGGGGUGAAGGCCCUAGCAGAGGCCCUGAGCCCACGCAGCGUGUGCGUUCGGAACUGUACUCCGCAGGUAGCAGCGUUUCCUUUCCCCGUUGCUAUGACACUGUGUGUGAUGGCGAUCCUUCUGCAAGUUCCAGAUGUUUGCACAUAUGAUUUUAUGCAUUAUCGAAAGUUACUGCUGCCUUGAAUGAAAACGUUCUGUGAAAUUUUUUGCAAAAGCUUUACUAGUUUUUUUUUAUUGUGAAAUUUUGUAAAGGCAGGAAAUGGAUUAAGACGAGCAUGCUAAAUAUAUUUUUCAAAAAAAGCAAUAAUUUUACAUGUACAGAAAUUAUCCUAACCUUUAAUAUACUGGUGAGAGCGACAGUUUACUUAACACGAUAGUGGAUCAGCGCAGUUUUUGUAGGAAAUGGGCUUCUGAUACAAAGACUUGUUCAAACACACAUGUAUACAUGAACCCUGGCGUGUGGUUUCUCUGUUCUAAUGAUCUGUUGGAUUAUUAUUAUUAUAUUAUUAUUAUUGUUAUUGUUAUUGUUAGCUAAUGUUUGAUUCUGGAUUCUACUUGUUACUGUUUUAAUUACUUGACCGUUCAGGUGACUGCGACACUUGCAAGCAAUGCAAUGUUAACUGGCUAGCAGAUACAUAUAUGCAUAUAUAUGUAUAUAUAUAAUUAUUUUUUUUACUUAUUUUUUUUCCUGAUCCUCCUACACCAGGUAUGUAUGAGAAAGGCUUGCCACGUCCGAGUGCUUGGGAAUGUUGAUGGUUCUGAGACAUUACCUUGAACAGGUUGUAGAGACACAUUCCUCUCUCCGCCUGAGGCAGCAGAGUACCUUUCUGUUAAUUCGUGUUUGAUCAUUCUGAUAGCCAUUCUGAUAGCUCUCCCCCCCACCCCCAUCGUUUCUGCAUUCUCUGGCUUUUUGUUUUCUUGGCUGAACGUGAAGGUGGCAGUUAGGAUGUGCGGGGCUGUGAUUUGGCCCCAUCUCUUUCUGUGUUUUAGUUAUUAAAAAGUUCUGUACACAAAGGGACACAAAGGUGUCGUCUGCGUUUUUACUGUGUCCGAAGCUACACUUGGCAUCGAGAGCUGGAAGGGUCUGUCUUCCAGUGGGCCUCCUUCCCAGUUGGGUUGGGGAAAGACGGGUGCAUGGGGUCCCUGCAGCUGAGUGUCUAUCUGAAGAGCAGCCAGGAGAACAGCCAAUCCCAGGAAGGCCUGGUUCUCAAAGCACAGAGAUACAGUUUUCAUGUGACCACAAGGCCGCGAGCUCCCCGCCCCCUCCUGCCCCAGCUCACAUGUGCUGGCCUGGGUGUAUGGCCUCUUUGUCCUGCUGCCCAUCAGUAUUGGACUGGUUUGUUAAUUCAUUCAUGUUCAGCUCCACCGUAGUAUUUAAUAUGAUUCGUGUUUUCUUAUUUAUUUAGCCAGUCUGUUUUGAUUUGCUCCCCCUGCGAUAAUUUCCGCAUUUCUGACUGUUACAGAGUUCCUACUACCUCUUUGAAUCUGCUGUCUCCUUGUUUCCUAACGGGAUUUUUACAGUGUUGCGUCUAAUGUACCUUAGACAAUAAAGGGUUUGAUUGUCUACACUGCAGCUGCUCUGUGUGUCUGCCCUGCCCUUCCACCCUGCGCUGUCCCUGGUCCCUGCCUUGCUCAGUCCUCCCUUGGCCUCUUUGUCUCCCCUUUCUCUUACCUCUUCUCUCACACUUCUUCCUCCUUUCAAAUGCAAAUAACAUAUGGAGUUUUUCAGAAAUCUUUUAGGUGAUUUAGUCUUUCUUAAGUCAGAGAAUGAAGAUUUAAAUUCACAAAUAAUAAAUAAAUAGUGGAUUCUAGCCAUCUCCCCUGCGGAGUUGCCCAGGGUACUUGUCCACACUUCUGCUGCCUCUUGCGAUUCUCUUCAGUCUUAGGAGGAGACAGUUCCGCCUUCCCGGCGUAGUACAAUUUCCCAGUCUAGUGGACUUUGCCUUUUUAGUUCUGACAAGUAUUUGAUAUUUUAAGAAGUUUUCCCCAAUAUUUACUUAUUUAUUUUUUAAGUCCUGAAAGACACUGGUUUCUGAAAAAUAGGUGCUCCAGGCAGCACAAGGUCACUCCAUCAAAAGAAGAGCACCAGUGUCCCGGUAGGCUGCAGGGAAGCCUCUUCUGAUUGGCUGCUGGGAGGCACCUGGCCAGGAAUCACAGGCCUUCCAGGUGCCCGUUCAGCACAGCAGGUGGCCCGUUCUACCUCCCAAAGGCUGGUGACUGGUGAUCUAUUCACCACCUUGGACCCAGGAGGUUGGCCACUCUCUGGGCAGAUCAUGCAGGUCACCCAGGGGGUGCCCUUCUCUAGGGAAGAAGCGCCCCCUGGCCUUGUGAGAGACUUUGACCAACCUCUGUAAGACAGGAGGACCCUUCCCUGCCACCACUUGCAGAGCGUGAUUUGUUUUUUAAGGCUUACCAAUCUAGCAACUUCUAAUAGCAACUUGUAUUGGCUGAGACAACAACAGCAACAAACAAAGCCCUGCUGACAAGGCCUUGUAGGACACUGGUCAUUGCUGCAAACGGCAGCACCCCGGGGACAAUGUCUUCAUGAGUGACCACCAAGCAAACUUCCUCCUUCACCAACUUCACUAACUAUUCUUUGAGGUGGUAAGACGCAGAAGACCAUAGAGUUUGUAUUUCUUUUUAAAAAUACAGUUUAUAAUGCUAUAUUUUGUACUCUUUAUAUUAGAAUUUGUAACUAGAUGGAUGUAUUUAACUAUUUCUGAGAAAAGAUUCAAUGUUACAGCUGUGUGAUAAAAGAUAUUUAGAUAAAACCUAUUCACUCUAUUGGAAUUUGAAAUAAAUAAAGACGCCUUGGAGCUGUAA